AUAGUGAAUACCUUAUUCAUAUCAUAAAUGGAAAGAAACAAGAAAAAACUGGUGGAAACCCUAACCAGAGGUAGAAAUUCUGCAAUGAGGCUGCAGAAUUUACUGCGCCAGAAAGUUCAUGAUGAUGGGUUGGUUUCUGUUGAUGAUCUUGUGACGGAAAUAUCACGAUCUUUCUCCGGCAGCCUUUUGGUCUUGAAUUCUUGCAAUUCCGGCAAGUUUUGUGGGGUUCCAGUGAACCCCCAUCUGGGUUUAGCUUGUUCCCUGAACCGGGUACCGGAAGUUUACUCCGGCAACACCGCCAAGAAUCCGGCACAGACUACGAAGGAACGAAGAGGGUGUUACAAGAGAAGAAAAACCAUUGAUUCAUGGAUCGAAAUUAGUGGUAGAAUUGAAGAUGGUCAUGCAUGGAGGAAAUAUGGACAAAAAAAGAUCCUCGACUCUAAAUUCCCAAGAUGCUAUUUCAGAUGCACACACAAGUAUGUUCAUGGGUGUAAAGCAUUAAAACAGGUUCAAAAGCUGGAAGAUGAAUCAAACAAAUUCCACAUCACAUAUUUUGGCCAUCACACUUGCCAAACUCCAAAUGCUUCUUCUCACCCUGGAGUUGUCCUUGAUUCUAAAGAUUUCACAAACCAUUGUUAUUUACCAAGUAGCCCCUCGACUAUUACAAGUAUCCAAAUUGACCCCUCGUUUGGAAAAGAAGAUCCAUCCGACAAUGUUUCAUCAGGCAAUGAUGCACAAUCAUCCCCUCCUUUGCUGUGGAAGGAGAUUUUGGUUAACGAUUUGGACAUUUUCAAGAAGGAUUAUGUUUUAACUGCUAUUUCCUUUGAUGAUGCACUGUAUUUUUAGGUUUGAUUUUUCUAGCACUGAAAUAAUCAAUUUAAAUGUAAAAUACAACUUGUAUUGUGUAAAACAGUAUAAUAACGGGAUCAUUGAAAAAAUAUUGCAUUAAU